UCUCUACAAAGCUCUCAGAUACCUUUCCCCUCCUUCUGUGACCCUGGAGAGAUAUUUUAUAUGGGAAUUCAAGAUUUUUCUCAGAGACAGGAUGUGACGACUUCCUUGUUUUGUUCUAUCCAUCUUGGUUUCCAUAGCCAAGGGCAGAGCAAACGGCAUAUAUCUUAGGGUGGAAGAUGGAUAAAUAAUUCUGUCACACGUGCCCUGGUCUCUGGAGCUCAGCUGCCAGUCCACGUCUAGGGAAUCUUAGCAUCUGAGACCAAGACACUUUACAGCAAUCAUCACCCUUUGCAGAGGAGGUGAGCUCACCAGGACUCAUCUGCCAUUUGAGACCUUUUGCUGCUACCUGCCAGGUGGCCCCCACUGCUGACAAGAGAUGGUGGAUCUCCCAGUCUCCCUGGACUCCUUGAAGCCAGUAUCUCUGACCAGCAGUCUUGUCUUCCUCAUGCACCUCCUCCUCCUUCAGCCUGGGGAGCCGAGCUCAGAGGUCGAGGUGCUAGGCCCUGAGCAUCCCAUCCUGGCCCUCGUCGGGGAGGAGGUGGAGUUCCCGUGCCACCUGUGGCCACAGCUGGAUGCCCAGCAAAUGGAGAUCUGCUGGUUCCGGAGCCACACCUUGAAUGUGGUACACCUGUACCAGGAGCAGCAGGAGCUCCCUGGCAGGCAGAUGCAGGCGUUCCGGAACAGGACCAAGUUGGUCAAGGACGACAUCGCCUAUGGCAGCGUGGUCCUGCAGCUUCACAGCAUCGUCCCCUCCGACAAGGGCAUAUAUGGCUGCCGCUUCCACUCCGACAACUUCUCUGGCGAAGCUCUCUGGGAACUGGAGGUAGCAGCGCUGGGCUCAGACCCUCACCUCUCCCUUGAGGGCUUCAAGGAAGGAGGCAUUCAGCUGAGGCUCAGAUCCAGUGGCUGGUACCCCAAGCCUAAGGUUCAGUGGAGAGACCACCAGGGACAGUGCCUGCCUCCAGAGUUUGAAGCCAUCGUCUGGGAUGCCCAGGGCCUGUUCAGUCUGGAAACAUCUGUGGUUGUCCGAGAGGGAGCCCUCAGCAACGUGUCCGUCUCCAUCCAGAAUCUCCUCUUGAGCCAGAAGAAAGAGUUCGUGGUCCAGAUAGCAGACGUGUUUGUACCCGGAGCCUCUCCGUGGAAGAGCGCGUUCGUCGCGACCCUGCCGCCGCUGCUGUUGGUCCUCGCGGCGCUGGCGCUGGGCGUCCUCCAGAAGCAGCGGAGAAGCCGAGAAAAGCUGAGGAAGCAGGAGGAGAAGAGACAAGAGAAACUCACUGCAGAGCUGGAAAAGCUUCAGACAGAGCUUGACUGGAGACGGGCUGAAGGCCAGGCUGAGUGCUUCAUUUUAGCCAGCCACCCUCCUGGAGAAGGUAUCCAGGCUGCCUCUAACUCCACAACAACACUGAACGCAUAGUCUCAAACGUGUUGCCUUACGGCGCUGUGUGGAGAUUUCUCUGGGGUUUGCACCCUCUGAAUGCUGAGAAGAUUGAGCAUCUCUGUAUAUGCUAGUUGGCUCUGGGGACUUCCUCUACUGAAAAUUGCCAGCUCACAUCACUGACCCAUUUUUCUUAUGGGAUUGCUGUCUUUUAUUAUUAACAGGAAUAUUAUAUAUCUCUCUGUGUGUGUGUGUGUGUGUAUGUGUGUGAUUAAUCCCUCAUGGGUAAACAUCGUGAAUUCCUUCUUCUGUUGUGCCAUCUGCCAUUAGCUUUGUCCAUAGUUCCCCUUAUUGAAAAGGAAUUAUUAAUUUUGAUAAAACAUAAUCCAUCUACUUUUUACUUUAUGGUUUGUGUUUUUGAAGUUUUGUUGAAGACCUUCCUCACACUUAGGUCACAAAGAUUCUCUUACACUUUCUUCUAUUUUUUUUUUUCUUUAUGUAACUACAAAAACCUUUCUACUAUCUUUAUGUUAUAUUUGCAUCUUUAAUCCCUGUAAAAUUUGCCAUUUUAUGAGGUGUUGGGUGAGAAUCCUGUGAUUUUUCUCCAUAUAGUCAGUUGGGCUUGCCAACGCCAUUUACUCCACCAUUCCAGGGUUGCCACUGAUGUGGGGAACCACCUUUGAUGCAUAUUGGAUUCCCAUCUCUAUAUGAGUUUGUCCAUUGGCCACCUAUUACAUCAUUGUUUUUACUGCUAUGGCUUUUGUAGUAGCUGAAAGUACAAGUUUUCCUUCUCCAUUUCCACUUCCUUUUUUAAAGUGAAUGAACAUUUUUAAAAUAUAAAUUUUAGGAUAAAUUCAUAAAUCUCCCCAAAAAAUCCAAAAGGAGUUUUACAUAGGAAUACUUUGAACUUACAGAUAAACUAGGGAAAAUCAACAUCUUUGUAGAACUGAGAUAUUCCGCACAAGAGCUAUGGUGUUUAAAGCUUCACCAGUUAUCCUGACGCAAAACUGGGGCAGCAAAGCCUUGCUGUAAAUAUCUGGAGCUCUGAGAACGUCUUGUGUUGCUUUUGCUUUUGUGACUUGGUGAUAUCUUUGUUGCAAAACAGAACAAGAUAAAACACAACAGAAAUCCACUCAGAUUGAUUCACAUUAAGAAUGGAGGCAUGUCAGGAAAAGACAGGACAUCUAGAGGGCAUCUUUGGGACCCGUCAGGCUCAGCUGGGCCUCCUGGGCACAGCCUGGCGGGUCAGAGGCUGAGGCUGCACUUCUGUCUCUCAGGGCAUCCAGGCGGCUUAUAGAGUCUCUUUACCUACAUGCUCCACUCUCCUGCUUUUUCCAGCAGAAUUUCAGCCUGCACGUAGCUCUGGCAUCAAUGACACAGGCCUCUACUCAAUCUAAAAUUUCUCAGGAAAAUACAUGGUGAACCCCAAGACCAGUCUGGAUUCAAACCAGUUGUCACAGUGGGAAUGGGGUCAUUCGAUCUGCAUGCAUCCCUCAUACAUCUGGAGACUUCGUUAAGGUUCCAGAGUUACUGACUGAGAUUUCUGAGCUUUUUUCCCCUUUUCUGUUUGGUUUCAGAGUGGAGAGCAGCCCAAAAAUAUGCAGGUAACUGAAGCCAGGAAACUGAUUUGUGUUUUGGUUUGGCCGGAUCUUAAACAGAAGGGAGGUGGAGAGAUCUGAGAUUAGAGGACAGGGCUUUAUAGGAGCCAAGUGUGGGGCCUGCACACACAAGACACACACGCACACUUGCAAACACGCCACACGACACACAUGCCUGCAUGUGUAUGCGCACAUGCACACGUGAGCUCCCAAACACAUCGCUCCUUGGGGUUACACUAGGUUUGUUUCCAUCUGGCUCGGGGCUAUUUGCAGGCGAGAGUGCAGAGUCUGUAAUGAACCUCCCAGAUUCUCUGACGAAGGGGUCCCCUAGGUUCCCGUCUGUCAAAUGGGAUGGGGUGUUGAAAUGUGGGAGAGUGCAGAGUCUGUAAUGAACCUCCCAGAUUCUCUGACGAAGGGGUCCCCUAGGUUCCCGUCUGUCAAAUGGGAUGGGGUGUUGAAAUGUGGGAGAGUGCAGAGUCUGUAAUGAACCUCCCAGAUUCUCUGACGAAGGGGUCCCCUAGGUUCCCGUCUGUCAAAUGGAAUGGGGUGUUGAAAUGUGGGGCACUGGACUAGAUGAUCUCAAAGGUCCUUUUAAAAUCCUUUUAAAAACUUUUCUGAAGGACUGUAUGUAAAAAAAAAAAAAUCCAAAAUUUCUGUAAAAUGACGCUCAGCGCUCUCCUGAUUAUGCCAAGGUCACACAGGGUGGUGCCACCAGCAGGAGCUAGAACCAGCCCAUAGGUCCUUGCCCUUGACCGGGACGUGGCUCCCUCCCCGCCAGCCUCCUUCCUUUGCUAUCUCUGGUAUGGAAUUCAGGGACCUUCCAGUUCAGGAAAGGACAGGAUUCCCUGUCACUAUCAAACACUCAGGAGUGACUUACACAUGCCACUUCGGUCCUGGGGAGGGGGUUUGCAGGGGUGAGGGUCGGGGUAAGGGGUUCAUUUCCUCGAUUAUUCCACCAAGAGAAACUAGAGGUUUGUCCGCCUUGGGGAAGACACGGACGGGGGCCCAGACCGUCCCGGGCGGGCACUAACGCUGUGGCUCUGCGCAGUGGAUGUGACUCUGGACCCGGCCUCGGCGCACCCCAGCCUGGAGGUGUCGGAGGAUGGCAAGAGCGUGUCUUCCCGCGGGGCGCCGCCGGGCCCGGCGCCCGGCCACCCGCAGCGGUUCUCGGAGCAGACGUGCGCGCUGAGCCUGGAGCGGUUCUCCGCCGGCCGCCACUACUGGGAGGUGCACGUGGGCCGCCGCAGCCGCUGGUUCCUGGGCGCCUGCCUGGCCGCGGUGCCGCGCGCGGGGCCUGCGCGCCUGAGCCCUGCGGCCGGCUACUGGGUGCUGGGGCUGUGGAACGGCUGCGAGUACUUCGUGCUGGCCCCGCACCGCGUCGCGCUCGCCCUGCGCGUGCCCCCGCGGCGCCUGGGCGUCUUCCUGGACUACGAGGCCGGAAAGCUGUCCUUCUUCAACGUGUCCGACGGCUCCCACAUCUUCACCUUCCACGACACCUUCUCGGGCGCGCUCUGUGCGUACUUCAGGCCCAGGGCCCACGACGGCGGCGAACAUCCGGAUCCCCUGACCAUCUGCCCGCUGCGGGUUAGAGGGACGCGCGUCCCCGAAGAGAACGACAGUGACACCUGGCUGCAGCCCUAUGAGCCCGCGGACCCCGCCCUGGACUGGUGGUGAGGCGCCCUCGUGGCCGCAGGACUGGCCCCGGGGGGCUCCCUGGAUCCCAGGCCAGCGCUUUGCUCUCCUGCUCCGUCUGAAGGGAGCAGGUGCACCAGCCAAAACGUCAGCGAGGGGGACAAAGAGAGGGACCUUUGCCUACGUAGAUGUGUAUGUGUAAGGCGAUUUUCUUCAAGGAAAGGAGACAAGUCCAAAGCUCGUUUGUGGAUUGUGGGACAGAGCGAAGGAGUACAAAUAUAUCCACGUCGCUGAGAGCUGGGGUGCUCACGGUGGGCGGUGGGAAAGAACCCAGCAUGGAAGAAAGAAGGGAGAAAACUUUGGUGACUGCCUUAGAGGGAUCAGUUAAUUUGUAUAGUUUUAUAUUUUUUGCAUAUGUUUGCUAGCUCUAAAAAGGUCGAGAUGCUAUAACACUUCGUAAGCAACGAGUUCACCUAAGUAAGGCUCAGAUCCUAGUUUUAAAAACCAUUUCCCAUUAAAAUGAAGUUGGAGGAACAGCUGCUUCUGGGACCGGGGCAAAAAUUUCAAGGUGAGCCUGGAGCAUUGUGUGUGGUGAAGUAAAAUAAGGGCUCAAAACGUGACGGCAACCCGGCAAAAGGGUAGGGAGCCAGGCCAAAGGGGCCUCACUGACCAAUUGUGGGACAAUUUGAACAUCAGGAUGAAUAAUGACAGGAGAGAUUAUAACACACUGAAGAAAAACAUAAUCCAUGAGUUCAUGCUGAUACUCAAAUUUCUUUUUAAAAAGAAGAAACAGGAAGGUUUCUUUUGGAGGUGAAAUCUAAUUAUUGGUGAGAGUCUUUUGGAGAACAGGCUGUUUCCAGUCUCAAAGCAGUAACCUUAUACACUACUUAUAAGUUUGAAAGGGGAAAGGUUACCUUUACAAUGGAGACAUCUACCAGAUCAUCCAAGUGAUUAAAUUUAACAUCAUCAAUGAUGGGACCAAGGACAUUAUUAGUUUGACAAUUGGGGAAAAUGAAACGGGAACAGGAUAUCAUUGGAGAAGUGUUCUUCACCCCCUACCCCCAAGACAGUCUCUCUGUCGGCCAGGCUGGAGUGCAGCCUCAACCUCCUGGGCCCAAGUGAUCCUCCCACCUCAGCACACAACACCAUGCCCAGCUAAUUUUAAGUGCGUUAUAGAGACGGGGGUCUCACUUCGUUACCCAGGCUGGUCUCAAACUCCUGUGCUCAAGCAAUCCUCCCACCUGGGCCUCCCAAAAUGCUGGGUGUACAGGCGUGAGCCGCUGUGCCCGGCUUCAUUUUCAGAGUGAGACAUUUGUACUGUGGCUAUGUAGGAGAACAUUCUUGUUCUUAGCAAACAUACUGAAGUUUUUAGAUAUUAAUUACCACAGUGUCUGCCACUGAAUUUCCAGUGACUAAGUGGAAAAAUAUAAAACAUAUGAAUAUAAAGAAAGAAAGACAAGUCAAAUGUAGCAAAAUGACAACACUUGGUGACUCUAGGUGACUGGUCGACAGAUGUUCAUUGUACUAUCAAUGUGGCUUUGCUGUGGGUUUGAAAUUUUGCAAACUAAGAGUUGGGUGGCGGGGAGAAGAAUACACCAAAAAACUAAGUGAUUAUCUUUGGAUGGGAAAAUGUUUGGUAAUUGCAUUCUUAAAAUGUCUUCUUUGUAUUUUUUAAUGUUCAAUAAUGUAUAUGUAUCAGUUCUGUAAUAAAGGGGAAAACACUGUUGUUUUAAA